AGCCGGAUACUGCAGUAAAGAUCAUUAUUAUGACUAUUUCCGGGUCAUAAAGUUUUGGGAAGUUCUGCAAGCCAUACGUAAUUUGAUCGGGAUAGCUUCACAACAGAGGGUCAAAGACUUAAUGACUUAGCCGUGGAUUAAGGAAGUUGUGCCAAAUAUGUCUGGUGAAGCAACAGAAACACGACUUCACUUCGAAGGAGUUCUCGACAAAGCUGGUAAAAGAUUCUUUGAGGGUUAUAGAAAGAGAUGGUUCACACUAGAUGGGCAGGAGUUGUCAUACUACAAGGCUGCUGAAAAAACAGAAGAAAACUACCUUGGUACCAUCGAUUUUGGUCAGGUCAAGGCAGUUAAUCCAGUAAAAUUGGUCAACAAUGGCUUUCAGAUUUUAACCAAGAAUAGGACUUAUACAUUUUCCGCUCCAACGCCCGAGCUGCUCACUGACUGGGUGAGUGUACUGAGGCAAGCCAUGCAGCUGAAAUCGUUUGAUAUGCGCAAGAACACUCUAAGCAGUCAAAGUUCCAUAGACUCGCAGUAUGAAGAGGUCACGAGCCGGCCAAAUAGAAGCUUCAGCGCUUGCAGCAGUGGCAGUAACUUGAGCUAUGACGAAGAUGAUUCCACUGAUGCCUUGUACUCUAGUGUUGGAGUUCCCGCUGGUGUCAGCAGCGUAAGUCAGGGGGGAGAUGCGUAUAGCUUGGUUGGUGCAUCAACACUUCCCAAAGUUAAGAAAGAUGUAAAUGAUGGUGCAACGUACGAGUUAGUUGGAUCGAGGCCACCAUCAAAGUCCGCCCCACCCACUUACGAAAUGGUCCAAGCCGCAAGGGGGUCCGAGCCCUCGAAAACCAUUAAUGAAAUCGCUCGUCAAAAACCAACCGAAAGUACAGAAUUGCGCGGUUCUCCGGCGGGAGAAGAGGACGGUAGCGAGCUUUAUGACGUGGUUCGAGCUCCGGGGGAUGUUGGACGACCAGGCACAAAGGUGACGGAUGACAAGCCUUCGAGUAAGGAGUGUGAAGAGGAAAAACAGAGUUCUAAUCCUGACGCUACUGCCCUUUACAGCCUCCCGAAAAUUAACAGAAAACAGAAGCCAUCAUCAAUACGAGGUCCUUCCAGUCUUUCCAUCAUUUCAGAAAGCCAAGAUCCUGGGGACGAGCUGGCCUCUCAGUCGCCCGUCGACGAAAAACCCCCACCACUCCCGUCACCCCCGGGGAAUGAGUCGUUCGCCAUCGAAGAGAUAAAACGACUGUUGGAAGAAGCAAAGAUGGAAGAAGGAGACAAUGAAGCUGAGUAUGAGAAAACGAAUGGACAAGAUUGUGAGGAGGACGUUUUCACAGAGAAGAAACGUUCCGCCUUUGAGCAGCUGAAGGAGAUUCUACAGAGGCUCGAUUCUACAGAGGCAGAGUGAAGAAAGAUUUCAAACAAUUUACACUGCCAAAUGUAUUAUUUCAUGUUCAAGCCCGAUAGUCACACAGAAAAGUGGGGACUUUCAGCUAUCUAUUUUGGCUCGAAAACAGGAACACAACUUUGUAGAUAUAAGAACAACUUUGUAGUCUGUUCAAAGGAAUUCGAGCAAAGAAAAACGGAGCAAGUAAAAGUAAAAUUGUAGGAAGACAUUUAUUUAGAACACCACUGAUUUUCGCUCGUCUCCACUUACCUCGGCCUGACAAAGGCUAUGGUUUAAUUCGAUUUCCCGCGCUUUUGGUCCGGGUAUCAUGUGUCCCAUUUUGAUUAGUUCAGUGUUGGCACGGAAGCUAUUGAGCUGAUUCGUUAAUUAAGUUUAUAGUCAAUCGAACCUUAAUCCUUGGGAGGGCUAUGUUGUGUAGUAGUGUCGAAGUCAUCUUUAUUGAGCAGCGAAUUUUAAGGCAUUUAGCAAAAUACCCCCGUAGAAACAGAGUCCUCAAAAUGAGCCUCUCUGUAAAACAGAGAGCAAUGAUUUACUAUAGUUUUAAUCGCACGCGUGGUUUUUUUUUUACAUCAAAUUCAAGACGCCGUCCCAAGUGGUGGGACAAUUUAAAGGUUUCUGCGCAAAAAAAAGGGGUGAUGAUGUGGUCAGAUAGAAGAUGAAAAAUGAUAGUAAUAUUUAGAUGGAUAAAUUACAUUGAGCUCAGAGCCUGUCCAGCAGGCCCAAGUUCAUGCUGAACAUCUAUGAUGCUGUCCUGAUCGUUUUACACCCUGGCAGAGCGUAGAAUUGCCAAGACAUCAGUGAACAUUUUUGGACGUUUUCAUUUUCAUUUUUAUAAGACAACGUUUUUUGCAAUUUUCAAAAUCAAACGUUUCUAUAGAAUACAACUAGUGAAACAGAGAAUAAGGCUACGUGAUAUAGACUUAUAUGAGCAGUUUCUCACAUAUUUUUUUUACAUAAGUUAAAAAAAAAAUUGAAGAAAAGGUUACUUAGCGAGCAGCACUUAAGACUGCGAAACAACGUCUAUCUACAGCAAGUUAGGCAUAGCUGUAUAUUUCAUUAUAGGUAUUUUAAUUUACCGGUAGCAUAUUUCCAUAUUUAAUAAAUGUAAGAUAUAGACGUUCUCGUAUUUUUAUAACCCUUUUUGAUGUAACAUAAUUUGUAUUCUAGUUUUGAUGGAUGUAACUUAAGCAUCGAGGCUUAUUUCUUGACCAAA